AUUUUGCUUCUUGGAAAAACUGGAGUUGGAAAGAGUGCUUCAGGAAACACCAUCCUAGGAAAAGGGAAUGCUUUUGUAUUGACAUCAUCAGAGUGUCAGAAGGAAACGGGAGAGUUUGAAGGUCAAAAACUGGCUAUAGUUGAUACUCCAGGUCUGUGUGACUCCAGUAGAACUGAAGAGGAGUUGACAGCAGAGAUGGAGAGAGCCAUCUGCUUUGCUGCUCCUGGUCCUAAUGUGUUCCUGGUUGUGAUUCAGGCAAACAGAUUCACAGAAGAAGAUCAAGAAACAGUGAAAAUUGCUCAGAAGAUGUUUGGAAAAAGGUCAGCAUGUUCCACAUUAGUCUUGUUCACCCAUGGAGAUGACCUGAAGUCAGAUGGAAACACCAUAGAAGAAUUAAUCAGUAAAAAUCCAGCUCUCAGUGACUUCAUCAGUCAGUGUGGUGGAGGAUAUCACCUCUUUAACAACAGAGACACGGAUCCCUCUCAGGUCAGAGAGCUGCUGGAGAAAGUCAACACCAUGGUUCAGAGAAAUGCAGGAAGAUACUUCACAGUUGAAAUGUUCAGAGAGGCUGACCUUCGGAUUGUUCUUAUUGGGAAAACUGGAGUUGGGAAGAGUGCAUCAGGAAACACCAUCUUAGGAGAAAAAGCUUUUAAAGCCGCAGCAGGUUUUUCCACAGUAACAUCAGAGUGUCAGAAGAAAACAGGUCUGUUUGAUGGUCAAAAACUGGCUGUAGUUGAUACUCCAGGUUUAUUUGACAACAGAAAAACUGAAGAGCAGGUGAAGAGAGAGAUCAGUCGCUGCAUCAACCUUGCUGCUCCUGGUCCUCAUGUGUUCCUGGUUGUGAUUCAGGCCAACAGACUCACAGAAGAAGAACAAAAAACUGUCAACAUCAUCCAGAACAUGUUUGGAGAACAGUCAGCAUGUUACACUAUGGCCUUGUUCACCUGUGGGGACAAUCUUGAGGCAGACGGAGUCACCAUAGAAAACAUGAUCAAUAAUAAUCCAAUUAUCACUGACUUCAUCAGUCAGUGCGGUGGAGGAUAUCAUGUAUUUAACAACAGAGACAAGGAUCCCUCUCAGGUCAGAGAGCUGCUGGAGAAGAUCAACACAAUGAUUGCGAGAAAUGGAGGAGGAUACUACACCAAUGAAAUGUUCAGAGAAGCUCAGAGAGCCAUGAACAAACCAGAAGCCGACCUCAGGAUUGUUCUUGUUGGGAAAACCAGAGUUGGAAAGAGUGCAGCAGGAAACAGCAUCUUACUGGGAAAAGUAUUUAGAUCAACAUCUUCCUUUCUAACACCACAGUGUCAGAAGGAAACAGGUCUGUUUGAAGGUCAAAAACUGGAUGUAGUUGAUACUCCAGGUUUAUUUGACACCAAAAAAACUGAAGAGGAGGUGAAGGAAGAGAUCAGUAGAUCCAUCCCCUUUACUGCUCCUGGUCCUCAUGUGUUCCUGGUUGUGAUUCAAGCCAACAGAUUCACAGAAGAAGAUCAAGAAACCGUUAUCAUCAUUCAGAAUAUGUUUGGAGAGCAGUCAGCAUGUUACACUAUGGCCUUGUUCACCCACGGAGAUGAUCUUGAGGCAGAUGGAGUCACAAUAGAAAAAAUGAUCAAUGACAAUCCAAUUAUCUCUGAUUUCAUCAGUCAGUGCGGUGGAGGAUAUCAUGUCUUUAACAAUACAGUCAAAAAUCCUUCUCAGGUCAGAAAGCUGCUGAAGAAGAUCAACACAAUGACUGAACGAAAUGGAGGAGGAUACUACACCAAUGAAAUGUUCAGAGAAGCUCAGAGAGUCAUAAAUAAACCAGAAGCCGACCUCAGGAUUGUUCUUGUUGGGAAAACCAGAGUUGGGAAGAGUGCAGCAGGAAACGGCAUCUUACGGAGAAAAGUAUUUAGAUCAACAUCCUCCUCUUCCUCUGUAACAUCAGAGUGUCAGAAGGAAACAGGUCAGUUUGAAGGUAAAACAGUGGCUGUAGUUGAUACUCCAGGUUUAUUUGACACCAGAAAAACUGAAGAGGAGGUGAAGGAAGAGAUCAGUAGCUGCAUCUUCCUUGCUGCUCCUGGUCCUCAUGUGUUCCUGGUUGUGAUUCAGGCCAACAGAUUCACAGAAGAAGAACAAGAAACUGUCAAAAUCAUCAAGAACAUGUUUGGAGAACAGUCAGCAUGUUACACUAUGGCCUUGUUCACCUACGGAGACAAUCUGGAGAGGGAUGAAGUCACCAUGGAAAACAUGAUCAUGAUAAUCCAGCUCUCAGUGGCUUCAUCAGUCAGUGCGGCGGAGGAUAUCAUGUCUUUAACAACAUCAGAGUGUCAGAGGAAACAUGGUCUGUAUGAAACUAAACUAACUAAAGAGGAGGUGAAGAGAGAGAUUGUUAGAUGCAUGUCCUUUGCUGCUCCUGGUCUUCAUGUGUUCCUGGUUGUGAUCCAACCAAACAGAUUCACCAAAGAAGAACAAAAAACUGUGAAAAUCAUUCAGAAGAUAUUUGAUGAAAAAGCAGCUGAUUACAUGAUGGCCUUGGUAAUCCAUGAAGAUGAUGUGAAUAAAGACACCAUAGAAGAAGCAAUCAAACAUCCAGAUCUCAAUGACUUUAUCAGUCAGUGCGGUGGAGGAUAUCAUGUUUUUAACAACAGAAACAAGGAUCCCUCUGAGGUCAGAGAGCUGCUGAAGAAAAUCAACACAAUGACUGAGAGAAAUGGAGGAUGCUGCUACACCACCAGAAAGUUUGAAGAGGCAGAGAAAGCCAUAAAAACAGAGAUGGAACAACUUCAGAAAGAAAAUCCAAAGAUGACGGCCAAAGAAACAAGAUACAAAGCAGAAAGAAGGAACGCAUUUACUCUGGGAAAUUGGGAUGACAUUAUUGUUGGAGCUGCUGCUGGAAUUGGCAUUGAAGUUGCUCUUGGAGCUGGUUUUGGAGGUAUAGGGGCUCCAGUGGGGGCUGCAGUAGGUGCUGCAGUUGGAGCUGCUGUGGGAUUUAGAGCAGUAAAAGCAGUAAAAGCUGCAACUUUGAAAAUGAAACUGAAUGAUUGUGUUACACAGUAAUCAACGUUUAUCAACAGCUGAAUGAAAGUCAAUUAACAAGACACUAGAUGAAAAUAAUAACAGUAGCAUUCACCUAUUUAUUUGAGUAUGUGUUAGAAAGAGAAUAAAAAGUCACCCAAAGAAGAAAGACAAAAUAUGUUAACGAUAAGUAUCUUUGGAACAACUGAGUUAUUAUUGCUCCAAAGAAGUUGGUAUUGGAAUUGGAGUGCAUCUUACUCCUGGUGCUAAAGU